AUGUUGACCAAAUUUCUUCGUCCUUUUGUACCAAAUGGUGUAGCAACAUCAUUAAUUGCAUAUCGACCAUUGUCCAUCUCCAAUAGAUUUUUUCAAAAUGCCAAUUCAAAGUCCACUUCAGUAGAUAAAUCAUCGAAAACAGAUGAAAAAUCAUUAGUUGGACAAGAAAAUAAAAAAGAAAAAGCUUUACGUGUUGAAGAUUCAUUAAAAGAUUUAUCAUCAAUAAAAUGGCGUACUGAACAUAAUGGCAAACGUUUAUGGCCUCAUGAUCAAUGGCCAGAACGUGAUUUAGUUAAUUUUCCACCAUAUAAAUUACGUGAAGCACCAAAUGCAGUUCGUUGGUAUUUUGUACCUGAAUCUUGGUUUAAAUUUUUUUAUGAUAAAACUGGUGUUACUGGACCAUAUAUGUUCUUUUAUGGUUUAAUCAUAUAUGGAUUUAGCAAAGAAUAUAUUGUUUUAUGGUAUGACUUCACAGAAUAUCUUAUUUUGGCUGCAGCUGUCAUUACCGUUGUCAAAAAAGUUGGUCCAUCAGUUGGAGAUAUAUUUCGUGGAUGGCAUCAAGAAGAAGUUGAUCGAUAUACUUCUGUUGUUAAUAAUUCGAAAGCCAUGGCUGGAAAAAUGUUACAUGGUUAUGAAGAAUCAUUAUCACGUGCUAAAAAUGUUGGACAAUUAGCUGAUGCACGAAAAGAUAUUAUUAAUAUGGCACUUGAAACAGCAUAUCGAGAUCGAAUGAGACAAAUGUAUGAAGCUGUUAAACGUCGUUUAGAUUAUCAAGUUGCUUUACAAAAUGCACGAAAAGAUUUUGAAAGAACAAAUAUGAUUAAUUGGAUAACAACUGAAGUUAAAAAAGCUAUUACAGCUAAACAAGAACAAGAUACAUUACAAGCAUGUCUUAAUCAACUUAGACAAAUUGCACAACAAUCACGAUGA